AGAAAAGAAAAGGAAAAAAAGUUGAUAUAAAAUAAGAUACCAUGCUCUGUUAGUGUCUGCACUGGAUCGUGGCGCCAUAUCCAUGCCAUUCAGUCUCGGCUUCACGGCGGACGCAGCCGCAGCCCAUCGCCACGAAUACUCCCAAGCAACCGCCUGUCCCAUGUUCCAACUCCCGCAGUCCUUGGGCUUCGUGAAGCCACUGAAAGACGGCAUUGCAUCCCCACCAGCUAUAAUCACCCCCAGGCCCAGUCAAACUGACCUGAGUUCGUCGAGCGGGGACGAGGAGGAAGGAGACAACGAACAACAGAACGAUGCGAGAAAGGCCAGGAAAUAUACCAUGCCUCGUCAGGUGGCAAGUCGUCCAAAGACGUUGUAUCAGUUUGCUCAUCCCGUCGCAAGUCGUCGACGAUUAAAGUUUCGGCCCAAGCUUCUUCUUCAGUUACACGAAACCCAUAAUUCGUCUCGACCGUUCCCCAAGUAUGAUAUUCUUCCGCCGGAUAUGACGACUAAGUUGGUGUGUAGGCUUUCAAGACCGCUUGGCAGUACGCGUGCGUUUGGUUCGAAGGAUUUGGUGAUUGUGACGAGUGAUAUGUAUGAGCAAGUACAUGCAGGCGAUGACCGUAGUGUUUCCUCUGAUGAAUCGUGCGGUGAACAGCGGGAAGUGGUAGCGACGAUCUGUCAAUGUGGACCGGCGUCGGAAGAUCAUCCGCGCGGAUCAAAAGUCGAAGUGGCUUUGAGUUCGGGGGCAUGCUGGGAGGGUAUACCAUUAGCAAAUGGUUCGUAUGAACUCGUGUCCAAGAGUGGGAUUGCAGGUUCAAAGAAAAUUCGAUGGGUGGCUCGGGAUAGGAAACCCAGGCAAGGGACAGGUUUGUCGAGUUCAACUGCAUCGUCAGCACCAUCUAGUCCGGGACGAUUCACUUUUAGUGUCAUCAAUCCGAAUACACGUCGCCAUGCUGUCAUAGCCUCCAUGACUCGGAAAGGGUUGACUGUUUUUGAUCAAUAUUCUCCUACUGUGCAAGGUGAUGACGAGCACAGUCCUCCAACCUCACCUUCGACGGCGUCGAUGAGGUCCGGGCCUGAGGUAGGGUUGAUCAAUACAGAUGAAGAGCUGCGACAGUUGAUAGUCAUGACGGGUACUUGGGUAGCGUUCAUGGAAGGAUGGUCGACAAAAUCCCUCAGUAAUGGAGACACAAGUCGGACUGUCUCACCAUUGUCGCCGCGGAUCCGAUCAUCAACCUACCUCAGCGUUGAAGGGGACCCAUCAAUGCCUGACAAAUCAGCAAAAGGGCCGUCGACACCGACCCCAUCGACAUCACGCAUGAAUUCAUUUAGUCGGAGGAAGAUGAUCAACCGGCGGAGCACACAUUCAGAAAUCAGUCGGGACAGACUGUCAGAGUACGAUGCAUCAUCCGAAACACGUCGGCGCAGUAAAAGUUUGACGGCGGAUCCGGAUUCGAGAUGGACGGAUAUUGAGGUGGACAAGGCGAUAGAAGAUGGGAAUAGAUAUCUUUCCGUGGAUCCUGUGAGACAGCAAGACACGGACGACACGCAUGAAGAGGAAGAUUCAAAAGCGAAGAAGAAAUGGCGCCGGUUGUCAUCGAUGUUUGGACGAAAGAAACAUUAGUCUUGCAUAUACCCGACAUUUGCUGAUUGCAAUUGCAAAUUCGUAUUUUCUUUAUUCUUGUGGACCAUCUGGUGGUGGCGUUCUAGCGUGUUCAAUAUUGAGGAGUUCCGGAUGUGCUGGAACAUUGUGUGUAUAUAGGCAGUCUCCCUUUCCCCCCCUUUUUUUUAUCAAGCGAAAUGGCAUAUUCAUGUUUC